AUGCAUCCAGCUCUUAAUUAUCGACAAUCUCGAAGGUCAGCUUGCGAUAGAUGUCGCGGAUUCAAAUUACGCUGUGAACGUGAUCAUGUGAAUGGCAGAUCAUGCGAAAGAUGUCUCAAAGCUCAGGUCGUGUGUACGACAAGUGUCAACCACCCUUCUUCAAACUAUUUAUCUUCAAAAAGCGGUCAUUGCUCUUACCCAGAGGGCCCAGAUCCAAGGUUCAUGGGCUCCGAGCGACAUUCUAUUCCUAUUCUGCACAAAUCUUUCAACUCGAAAGUGAAAAAGCCUGCUUCAUCCGGAAGCUUCCAUAAGUCUGACCACCCGAAAUACGACAGCUGGGCAUAUUCAGAGAGCUUUUUACCUUGGAAUACUGAGAUUCUACCCCCUUUUACAGGGGAUAUGGGAUUUCAGGCCGCUGCCUACCCUUCUACGCCAUUUCAACUCGAUCAUUGGAAUGAGCAGCAGCUAUCCUGGGCUACCGGCGUUUAUCCUAUGCCUCCAGUCGACGACAUCUUUUUCGAGCCUGACUGUCGCAUGGAUCAUCAGCCUUUGGCGUCCCAUACACUCGUAAUGGACCCUUCCUUCAAUUUUGAAGAUGAAUCUCACAUCAGUGCUACGUCGUCUAUGCCAUCGGAUCCCCCAGCACUCUUGAACACGGGGCCCCCAUCCCUCGUGGACAGUCAUUGGGAUGUUCCGUGGGACAGAAUCUCCUCCGUCGCUGAGAAUGAGAAGCAAGGGUCUUCUGGCACAAUUGAAUUGACCUCAACAAACAAUUACGACUUGCGCAAAAGGCUCCUCAAGCUCAACUUGGAGAUGAUCGAUGAUCUCGAGCUAUUGGAGUCUGGGUCUGAUAUCUCGCAGCCCUCAGCCUUUCUUGGCGAUAUCAUGAACUCGCCGGGGGGAAAGCUCGAGAUCCCCAUCUUUCGCAUGCUCGACCAUUCUACAAAAUUCUUAGAGAUCCUUCAAUCUGGGAUUGGCGCAUCGGAAGACUCCUUAAAUCUCAUUCCAAGUAUUGAGUUUUCAAACGCAGAACCAAAUAUGUUUGAGGAUGCGAGGGCGUUCCCACAAGGCGUGGAGAAAAGAAUUGAAUCUACAUCAUCGUCUCAUGAUUCAUGCCAACGCACGAUCAAGCCACCCUCAUCAGAUCAAACGACAAAUUCAUCACCGCCAGAAUAUGAUGUAUCCACUUCCAUGGGAAUGCUUACAGCUUACUGCCAUCUUAUUCGCGUAUAUCGUGCUAUAUUUAGCCAGCUCUAUCAACUCUUUCUUCUCGUUCCACCCGCCGACGCUGCUGCAUUCCUUCUGCUGCCAAGCUCUCAGCACGGUCAAUUCCAAAUGGAGAGAAGCCUCACAGUAGAAGUUCAAGUCUGGAUUGACAUGAGCACUAAUAUGUUGGCAAAAAUUGAACGGGCUCUGGGAAUGCCUUGCAGUGACGUGGAUGGAUGUACGGGUCCUGUUGCGUCUGUUUUAGCAAAUGGCCCCUUGAGUUCCGUGCGAGACCAUAUUAUGACCCAAGAACAAAUCGAGGGUGGGAUCCCUUUGAAAGAGACAAUGAGUUGUUUGCGAAAACUUGUGAAUGAUUCAGUCUGUGUAUGA